UUUGCUAAUGUUUCUUUCGUAGCCAUCCCGAGGUGUUUCACGGCGCCUCUUCUUGAAGCACAGGUCCGCAUUUCUAGUCAAACGUAGCACCCUUCCGCUCCCUGACGGUGUCGGUAAUACUGCGGUUUAAAAAACUACAAUUCCCAGCAUUCCGCGGGACGAGAGGGGUGGUGUAAACGCCGUUCUUUCGCCGGGGUUAUUCUCUCCCCCUCCCCGCACACCCACCCACACACACACGUGGAUUCAACAUGGCUGGCUUUGUGGACCUGAAUAUCCCUUACUUGCAGGAGAAGGAGUCGCUGCAGAAAUUGGUGGAAACUGCAGCCCACCUUGGCUAUUCGACUGUAGCAAUCAAUUAUGUUGUUGACUAUGAAGAAAAGAAAAAGGAAAUUGUCAAACCAGUGUCUCCUGCGGAAUUGUUUUCAACCGUGCCUCUUGUGCAGGGGAAAUCCAAGCCAAUUAAGAUUUUAUCGAGACUCACGCUUGUUGUUUCUGAUCCAUCGCACUGCAAUAUUCUAAGAGCAACAUCAACGAACAUAAAGUUUUACGACAUAUUUGCUGUAUUUCCCAAGAAUGGGAAACUCUUCCAUGUGGCCUGCACGACCUUAGACGUGGAUCUUGUGUGCCUCCACGUAACCGAAAAGCUGCCCUUCUACAUCAAGAGACCCUCUGUUAAUGUGGCAAUAGACCGAGGCAUCUACUUUGAACUUGUUUACGUGCCUGCCAUCAAAGACUCCACCAUGAGGAGGUACACCAUUUCAAACGCGCUCAGCCUGAUGCAGAUCUGCCGCGGAAAGAAUAUAAUUUUGUCCAGUGCAGCAGAAAAGCCCCUGCAACUCCGAGGCCCAUACGAUGUGGCUAACUUAGGGUGGCUUUUUGGCCUCUCUGAAGGCAACGCCAAGGCAGCUGUUUCGACGAAUGGCAGAGCGGUCCUGCUUCAUGGAGAAACCAGAAAGACCGCCUCAGGCGUAGUAUAUACGAAGAAGAAGCCUCGGACCUCAGAAGAAGAUGAGACCACUCCUGCUAGUAAAAAAGCCAAGAUAGCUUUGUGACAAGCAGAAUCUUCACAGCAGUGCCCGUUCGCCUGCCUUUAAACCUUCAUGUGGCAUUCUGGGAAUGGCUGGAUGGAAUGGCUCGAGACAUUCUGGUCACUGUUCUUCCUCAAGAAAAUACCACAAUUUAUUGUAGGGAAUCCUCAGUAGGAGUAUAUGGACCUGUUCUGACUAUAUUCUUCAGACUCCCUUUUCUGCUGUAAACUCUCCCCACCCCCUGCACAG